CAUUCACAAAAAACAAACUUCUACUUAAUUUGAGUCUCUUGAACCCAACCACUCCAAUCGAAACCAAAGUCGAACUUAGCUAAAGCUAAGCACUGAAUAUAUACAAGUAUCAAACAAGCUAAAUCUGCUGUUCGAAAGAAUGCACAUCAUCAAUCGCAAGAACUUAAGCGGCAAAGAGCUGGAAGAGGUUCACAAGUGGCUCCAUCAAAAUAACAUCAACUCGCUUCGCCUGCGUCGCGAAUUCUCCGAUGUGCUGCCUUUGGCUGAGCUGCUAAAGCGCGACUAUCCACGCCUUAUUGAUCUUUAUAACUACCCGAAAAAGAAUAGUGUUCAGCUAAAGAUGGUGAAUUGGGAGACGUUCAACUUUAAGGUUCUCUCAAAGUUCAAUCUGACACUGAGUCGCGAGCUUAUGGAGCUACUGGCCGGUGGUGUGCCCGGCGCCGCUGAGGUCCUGUUGCAUGAGAUAAUACGUUUGGAGAAGCGUCAGCGUUUGGUUGAAGAGCGGAACGCAUCACGACGUCAGGAGCAGGCCUGGGAAGAGAACGAUGAGGUCAAAACUGUUGUGAUUAACAAGCAGGUUGGCGAUGGGAUUGUUCAGGUGCCACAGAAAAUGAUACUAUAUUCUAUUUACGAGAAUGUGGUGCGCGAUAAUCAGGGAAAGGACGUUGUCAUUGAAGCCUAUCAGCAGCGAUUAUCACACAUGGAGAAUAUCAUUAAGGUCAAGACGGAACGCAUAGAGGAGUUGCUAAUGCAGGUGGGCAAGGGGACACAGAAGACGACUUCGUCUACGCUGUUUGCAUAUGAUUCGCUGGACUCCGAACGCAGGCGCAAUGCACCAGCACCGGCGCCUUCGGCUGACAAUUAAUGUGCAACGCAUUCUAGACGACCUUGGAAACCUAAAACAUAGUUCUGGGAGUGCACAUGGAUGCAUUUACUCAUUUACAUGCUUACGUAUUCAUAUAUUUCUGAAGUUAUUUGUAUUGCAGCUACCAUUAUGUACAUAUAUCCAGUUCCAGUUUUGUGGUUAACCAGAGGAAGGAAAGGCCCAUAACCAAAUUAUUGUAGUAAACGUCAAAAAAAAGCA